GUCAGUAUAUGCGCACCGCGUUGUCAACACUGACUGCACGAGUUUCACCUUGUUGCCAACCUGCUAGGACGCGCACAUAGAGGCGAAACGACAAACCACGCCGAGUAGGCCCAACAUGCCGAAAUAUUGUUCGGUACCAAACUGUGAAAACGACUCGACGAGUGGACGCGAUCAAAAAAGCUUUUACAAAUUCCCGCUGCAUGAUCCGGAGCAGCUGCAGUUGUGGCUAAGAAACAUCGGGCGUGACAACUGGACUCCAUCUCGACACCAUUACGUCUGCCACGAGCACUUCGUGUCGUCAUGCUUCAAGGUACACGUGGGGAUUCCUUGCCUCGAAAGUGACGCCGUGCCCACAGUCUUCCGGAGAGUGGAGAAACGCAAAGUGACGGAUGACGAUGAGAAGUACGCCAAAGUGCUUCGCAGGGAAUCUGACUCAAUGGAGGCGUCCAUCCCGUGUGCCAUGGAGAGAUGCUCAAACACAGACGCGAACCUCCCUUACCUAACCGCGCUACCCGGCGUACUUCCAUUAUUGCAACCAGUGGCUGAGCAACACAAUGGCGAGUGGGUUCUGCUGCCUAGCAACAGCGACGAGGCUAUAGUGGGCACAGUGGACCCUCGUGAAACGCAUGUGAUCGCCUACCUGGAGUCUAUACCCAACGUUGUCUCGGGCCAACUGCUGGUCUCCUCAGAAACGGUGUUGUCGUCAGCUUUGAGCUCUGAGCCCAUCACGUCCACGCUGCCUAUCGUGUCCAAGCACGCUCCUCCGCGGCCAUCGUCGCCAUCAAUGCCCCUCCUGGCGGAGGGAGACGAACUGCAGGAUGAUGAUGAGGAGGAUUUGGAGAGCUGGGACCACCAAUUGGAGGAGCACUGCUACCACAAGCACCGCCUGAACAAGGAGCAGCUGGAGGCCGUGGUGGCCGAGCUGCAAAAGAAGGUGAAGGUCUUGCACCAACGGCACCGGCGCCACUUAAACAAAAUGCUGGGCCUGGAGAACACUGUCAGUCAGCUCAGGCAGAAAAACAUGAUGACGGAAGAGAGGCUGCAGCUCUUGGAGAGGGCGUACCUCCAGAACAGCGCCGACACCGGGGAAACAGUCGCCAUCAUCUACGAGGAAGACGACGCAGCGUUUUUCUACACUCUCGGCGACAGCAAGGACAAACUGUGAAUGUCAAGUCCAAGUGCCAACAUAUUUUUUUCUUUUGCUAAUCGAUUAAAAUGACACUCUAAUUUUCACAAUUAAACAUAAUGGGAUAAUGUGUUUUUUAAGGAUCACACUCCUUAUUUUCCUGCAACCACUUUUUUGUUUCUCUUAUUUAAGAUACUUUUUUGUCACAACUGAAAGUCAAUUAAAAAACUUUCAGUCAUGCGCAAGAAUUGCGCUGUUGUUUCAUACUCAUAUUUAUACUGUCAGAUAGACUGUCAGUGUAACAAUGGCAAAUGUGUGAAAUAUCAAGUCAAUAAAGAACUUCUAAAAUAUGCUUUUUU